UAGAUCCAGUUACUUAGUUUGAACUCAGCAUCGCACACAGUGUCCUGCUGUACUCAAGUAUUAGCUUGAAGGUCGCCUAAAGAUCUGAGUAUACAUUUAAAUCCCGCGUAAAAUCCGUAAAUUUAUCUUAGUAUAUACUCAACAAAUCAUUCAGUAGAAAAUAUCAGAACCAUUUUUUUAGUGGGACGACUGUUUUGUUAAGCAUUAGAGGUAUUAGUAAACAGGGUUGUUACAAAUAUCUCCGCAAACGACUAUACUGCCAGGACUGUACAAAAAAGACUUCCGUGUUUCUUGAAACCGGAGUCUGUUUUCGUGACGGAUGGUAAAGUACUCGUGUGUGCAGGGAUCAUUGUGAUCAAGCAACGAGUCCAGCAGUGUCGCAUCUCUUUAGUACUGAUUACAAGUUAUUCAGCCAUGAAUCACUUGGUGGAAUUCUUGCUAGGAUUCUUGGUCCUGUUCCUGGCUUUUGAAGACAGCGAGGAAAUCCAGCCGUAUUCAUGGGUGAGUCACGUGUGUUCAAGAGGAACGUACGAAACGGCUUACACAUCAUACCAGACUUAUCGAACGAGAUAUCAAGAUUACAAUGCUAAAUGUGGCAUAUGGGGCUGGGGUCGCUGUAAGAGAACACGGUCUUGGCGUUCUUACUACUAUGAAUCCAGAACAACAUCAGUAUACAAAACGUAUUAUUACUGUUGCUCAGGUUGGAGACAAAGUGGACGAUACUGCUCGAUACCUAUCUGCAGGAGUGGGUGUUUUUACGGAAGAUGUACAUCACCGAAUAGAUGUUCCUGCGACAGUGGAUGGAGGGGAUCCAGAUGCCAAUAUGAUGUGAAUGAGUGCUCUCGAUCACAUCAUGGCUGUUCGCAAGUCUGCAUCAACACCCCAGGAUCUUAUAAAUGUGGAUGUAGAAAAGGUUAUGUUUUAGAGGGCUCGAAGUCAUGUAAAGAUAUAGACGAGUGUGCUACCAAAAAUGGACAAUGUGAUCACAUAUGUGAAAAUACACAUGGCAGCUACAAAUGUCGAUGCCUUUUAGGAUACGAACUGCUUCUAGAUGGUAGAACGUGCCGCUUAGCUUCAGCAGGUGAAUUGGAUUUUCCAGUGAAGCUUGUUCCAAAGCCAACUGUCACAUAUCGAAACGACUCCUCGUCAAGGGUGGAAUUGGUUUGCAGCUUUGACUUUCCUGCAUGGAACAACGUAUCAUAUUUUAUUGGAUGGUAUACAAACUUAAUUAAUUCUGUUAAGAACGAGACAUGGUGCAUUGCAGAGGAGGGAGAAAGAACAAGCAACCACAGCAGCUGUACCAGAAGGCAGAGUGUAGUUACACUCUUUCAACACUUCGCUAUUGGCGAUACGGUUUCGUGCAAACUUUACAUGAAGUUCUCCACGAGUCCCAAAUACAACUGGACAGCAUCUGAACAAGAAAGUGACCAGUUCUAUGUUGGAAUCGAGGUAUCUCCAAGGAUUACCGAUAUCAAUUGCAAAGUAAAGAAAAAUGUUACUGUGACCUUAAGACCAACUGUACCCAUUUUGUCACCUUUGGGCCUGGUUGGGAUUGACAGUGUAGUGGUUUCUGUGUUGAUCCCACAAGAAAGAAAGGUGUUCGUCGACAAAUGCAGCGUCGAAUUGAGGACAGAAGAUAUCAAUCGCGGAAAAACAAUCACUAUUAGUGGAAUCUGUGAUGAGCAAGAAGGAAAUACAAACACAAGCCAUUCCUAUUUGUUUCAUUUUAAACCAGAGACUUCUAGUCCAGAUUGGUUUUCUGGUGUAUAUGAAAUGCCAUCGAUGCAGUUAUUUGCAGCAGAAAAUGGAAUAUCAGAAUUCGAAAAAUGUGGACUAUUGUUUAGGCGGAUUAGCACGUUUGAUUCAAGAGAAAUUCAGUGGAAUUCAUCUGGAUUUUUUGUGUUUUACAGUAACGAGGCAAAAAAAGUGCAGGUUGAUAUAAGACUCUUGCAGAGGGAUAAUCAGACAUAUUCCGCCUGUGGAGUUGCCAUACGAGAUAGAGACAACGUCAUAGUCUUUUCCGUUUGUGACGACAUCUUUUUUGGAAAUGUAGAGUCUUCAAGGUUGAGAUUCAUAAAGCGAAGUCCUGGAAAAUUAUCGAAGGGAAUACAAGUCCAAAUGCUAAGACACCUAUUCUUGCCAUGGGGUUACGUGCGGAGAUUUGGACAUGUCAUUCUAUCUUCGGGAAUGGUAAUAGCAGUCAUAGAGAUAGUGAGUAAUAAUCGAAUUGAAAUUAGCGUCAUAAUAACUAAUCUAGGCUAUGACAAGGGACGUGUGUCAGGUCUUUGUGGCAACUAUAAUAAUGAUCCAACAGAUGACUUUUGGCAAGGGGGCGAUGGAAGAGUAGUACAAACUGAAGAAGACUUCAUGGAGACUUGGAGGAUUUCUGAAGACAAAAGUUUCUUCAAGGCUCUCCCACCACAAGAAGAUGAAACCGAACAACAAGAAAAGUUUUGUUUUUGCUCCAUGAAAAACGAAGUUCAAAUGAAGAAAGACUGUCAGUCAACAAAGACUCAUUUUGCAAAACUCAACGAAAAUGAAUGGCGUCUUAUGGCUCAAAAUUUUCGGUUGAUUGGUGGUUCAAGUGAUUGUAAACAAAACCCACUAAGUUCUUUAUGUAAGAACUGAUGAUAGGUGAAGAAGACAUACUUCCUCUUCUGUUCUCACUAGUUGCAGAUGAAAUUGAGGCGGACAGGUAUCCAUUCUCGAGUGGAAUUUCAGAGCGAAUGGCUUAUUUUUCACUUAUAUAUACUUUCAUUAUGAUUUUAUUUCUAAGGAAUGAUUAUUUUUUUAUCAAAUAAAUAUAAUCAGGGACUUAUAUGACAUAGCUAGCUGUGAUAAUCGGGGAUAGUAAAAAGCAUGUCUAAUCAGAUGCCAUUCACCUACCUAACCAUAGCAUCAUUACAAGAUGACUGCAGACCUUGCAAGGCAAGAACAAGACUUAAAAUAAAUAAACAUUUUGCAUGUGUAAAAUAUAUUAAGUAGAUUUAUCAUAUGACCCGUACGGCCCUGCUCGCGCGCUCUAAUAAAACCAUUGGAAAAAAUUACGUGAUGGGGGCCGGACGGGUUGACGUAAGCGGGCCGGAAAAACCCGUCCGGCCCUGCUCGAAUCCGCGCGCUUUCUUUUUCUUAUUUAUUCUUAUUUUCGUGAGGGUCAUAUGAUAAAAUGCUUAUUGACUGAGUUAGGUCGGGCCGUACGGGAAAAUAUUUGGCUCUCGGUCAUUUGUACGGACC